AUGUCAACACAAGCACAAUCCCCGUUCCCACCCGGGUUCGCUAUCUCAACUUCACGCUUACGCAUCGUUCCAUUCGACCCUGACAAUCAAGAGCACUGCGAAUUCCUCGUCCGCUUGUGGAACACAGAGCUGUUCAUCAAAUCUUGUGGCGCCACCGGUAUCCGAGAUGCCGCAAGCGCAUCGAAAUUCAUCCGUAACCGUGUGCUCGGGGACUACGAAUAUCAAAAACAUGGCAUUUUCCUAGUACUGCUCUACGAUGAAGAAACAAAGACUACAGCUCCGAUCGGCACAGCCUCCCUUAUGAAAGGCAGGCCUCCUGGUGCGCAUUACCUGACGCCGGAUAUCGGCUACGCUAUUUUACCCGAGAUGAAUGGAAAGGGGUACGCGACCGAGGCGGCGAAAGGACUGAUCGACUAUGCGAGGACGGACCUUGGAAUUGAAGGUGUCUUUGGACUUUGUGAUUCGAAAAACAUGCAUAGUCGCAGGGUUCUUGAGAAGAUUGGCAUGGAUUUCAGAGGAAUUGCCGAGUUGACGGUGUUUGGCAAUGCUUUGAGCGCUGUUUAUACUUUGCCAGGGAUGGAUCAGGAUCUGGGUGUUUAUGGAAUGACUGAGACAAUGCAAAAAUAA